AUGGCUAAAUCCAUGCUUGUUUUUGCUACCUUCCUCUCAUUUUGUUUUACUACUAAUACUUGCGCCUUCUCACCUUCUGCAUGGACCAGCGGCCAUGCCACUUUUUAUGGAGGCAGCGAUGCCUCAGGCACAAUGGGAGGUGCUUGUGGAUAUGGGAACCUGUAUUCAGCAGGGUAUGGUACUAGAACUGCAGCAUUAAGUACUGCUCUGUUCAAUGAUGGAGCUUCGUGUGGUGAGUGCUACAAAAUUAUAUGUGAUUUUCGAGCAGACCCUAGAUGGUGUGUCAAAGGAACAUCCGUCACCAUAACAGCUACCAACUUCUGCCCUCCUAACUUUGCCCUUCCCAACAACAAUGGAGGCUGGUGUAACCCACCGCUCAAGCAUUUUGACAUGGCUCAACCUGCAUGGGAAAAAAUUGGCAUUUAUAGAGGAGGGAUAGUUCCCGUUCUGUUCCAAAGGGUUCCAUGCAAGAAGAAGCAUGGAGGGGUAAGGUUCACUGUGAAUGGAAGAGACUACUUUGAGCUUGUGUUGAUAAGCAAUGUGGCAGGAGCUGGAUCCAUCAAAGCUGCGUCGAUUAAAGGAUCAAAAACUGGAUGGAUGACUAUGUCAAGAAAUUGGGGAGCUAAUUGGCAAUCCAACGCGUAUUUGAAUGGCCAAUCUUUGUCCUUCAGGGUCACAACCACCGACGGCGAAACCAGACUCUUCCAAGAUGUGGUUCCACCAAACUGGUCAUUUGGACAGAGUUUCUCUAGCAGUGUCCAGUUCUGA